UUCCCCGGAGGCAGCGACAACUACCUGGCCAUCACGGAGGCCUCGCACCCCUUCCUCAGCGGGGCCGAGACGUUCCACACGCCCAGCCUGGGCGACGAGGAGUUCGAGAUCCCGCCCAUCCCGCUGGAGUCCGACCCCUCCCUGGCCGUGGUGGGGCACUUCGAGGACCUGGCGGAGCCGGGGGGGCCCCCCGAGCCCCCCUUCGCGCCCCCCCCCUACGGGGUCGGGGCCCUGGAGCUGCCCGUGGGGCUCCCCCCGG